AUGCAAGAUGAUGAGCAAUUCGAUGUUGAAGAGCACGCGAUUGAUGAAGAGCCAGUACACGGCGCGGAGCCCGAUUCUGAAGAGCAAGAAGAUGGCGUGCCCGUUACUGAUGAAGAGCAAGUCGAAGAUACAGAGCACGUGAUCGACGAGCAGCUGGAAGUUGAGGAUGAAGAAAUGGGAGAUAUGCAAGAGUCGGCUGAGCACCGGCAGGAACGUUCGCUUCGUUGUUUGCCUGUGACAAACCGACCGAACCACCUUGAUAGUAGCUGGACCGACAGACAAGCGGUACAACUGCGUGCCGCCUAG